AGCAUCCGCCAUUUCGGCUGGAGUUUGUUCUUCAUCCGCAAUGCGGCGCCCGCGCCAAGCGCUCCCGCCCUAGGCUCUGGCUCCGUGCCGCCCACGUGGGGCCAGAGAUAGGGGGGCCCAGGCCGCAGGCUCGCGCCCCCUCGGCGAGGCAUCGGCGAGGCAGCCCGAUCCCGAGCACGAUCCUCCGACGCCGCCGGGCCGGUGCCUCGGCGGUGCGGCAGCGCCCGUGCGCCGCGGGCCCCGUCUGCUCUGGCCCCGCGCGGGCGGGUUGCGCGCCCCGAGCUCCCUGGCCGCGGCGGGCCGCGCUGCGGCUGGGCGCGGGGCGCUGCCGCGUGCUUUCGGCAGCGAGCCACGUGAGCCUCGCGUGGCCUCGCAGCCCCGCCUUUGGAGUGCAGUGGCGCAGGCCGGCGGUGAUCGGCGAGGGCGCGCCGACUCGGCGUCGAUCGGCGCCGGCUCGGCGUCGGUUCGCGUCGGUCAGCGCUGGUCCGCGAGAGCCAGGAAGAGGGCACGGGUCGGCGAGGAGCCCUGCGGGGGGAAGUGAGAAUGGGAAGGUCUCUUCCUCGCUUUCCCCCCUCGCGCGCCGCCGAAGGAUGGCAUGGGAGGCUCCCGUAAGUUGCCAUCGAAGCCGCCUGGAUGCGGCGAGCCGCCGCCGCGCGGGUCGGGGCGGCUGCCAGAGGCGGGCGGGGACCGCGGGUGCUGCUCGCGCUGGCGCUCUCCGCGUGCGCCUGCUGGGCGUGCUGGGCGCUGCCCGCCAGCGCCGCGGCGGUGAGGAUUGUCGCCAACGAGGCCGCGAAGCUCCUCGGGGUGGCCGUGGGCACCACGGGGAAAGAUCUGAAGGCGGCGCUCCGUCGGAAGAUCAAGGAGAACCACCCGGAUGUCGUGAAGGACGACGGGACACGGCUUCGGAAGGUGAGGGAGGCCUAUGCCGUGCUCGAUCCGGACAGCGUCCCAGACAAUUGGAACCUCGGCUUCGAUUUCGAGCCUCACAAGCAGGCGAGGGCAUACCGUCAGGCUGCCUCGCCUUCCUCCGGCAACGUGGGCAGCUGGUCCAGCCCGUCCGCUCAGAGGAAGGCGGCAGAUAUGCAAAGGGAGAGGGAGAGGAGAAACGCGGCUGCCAGGUCCGACCUGAAGAAGCGCGGCUGGGUUGAGAACCUGAUGGGCGAGCAGAUGGAUGAUCAGGUCUUCCAGUCAGCGCCAGGCCAGCACCAAUGGAGAGGGACUGUGCCGACGGCAACGAUGGACUGGUACCGGGCGAUGACCAACAUUCGUGUCAGGGCUGAGCCCGACGUGCAGAGUGCUGCCCUGGGCACCGUCAUCCGGCAGGGCGAGGAAGUCAAGGUCAACGCCGAGCUUGUGGUCGACGGGCAGAAGUUCUUGAAGCUCAAGGACCAGGACGGAUGGGUCUUUCAGAGGGGAGUAUCUGGCGAUUGGAAGGGCAAGCAGAUAUUGGUGAAGUUCUGAAGCUGUAGCCGAUGCUGAGGCUCUGCUUCUGGUGACGGCUUCCUCAGGUGAUUUAGUUCGUGAAGUGCGAAUACUUGUGUGUUUUCGUAUGCGCCUUCAUUACUGUUCUUCCAGGUGUGUCUCGAGCAGACCCCAUCGCAGUGCGCCCUUUAAAGUAGGCUUUGUGAUGCCGAGUUUGAGAAGUAGUGUGGUGCCGGAGGGUCGAGAGGAUGAGAACAGGAUUCACCAGUCGGGGGGGGUUCUCUUCGCCCUCUCCCGCGCGCUGGCUCUGAGCCCUCCACCCGGCGAGGCGCCUUCCUCUCUUCGGAGGGCGUCGGUAGUCAGGUGGACGAGGAGUCGGACUCGACGCCCCCCGUGCGCGCUCCUGGGCGAUGCGUCGCCAGCGCGCUCUGCGUGCUGUUGCGAGCGCGAAUGCGAGCAAGACGCGAACGCUGUCUGCUCUUUUUUUUCGUGGAUGUGUUCAUUCGCCCGGAGCUCCAAA